AUGCCGCUGCGGCUGCUGUCCCACCCGUCGCUCACGGCGGCGCAGCUCCGGCAGCUCCACGGCCACCUCCUCACCGCCUCCCUCCUCGGCGACCGCUACCUCCCAAACAUCCUCCUCCGCGGCCUCCUCCCGGACGCCCCUCUCCGCGCCCUCGCCCUCUUCCCCCGCCUCCGCCGCAUACUCCCCGCAUUCCUCCCCAACAACUACACCUUCUCCUUCCUCCUCACCGCCUCUAUCGCCACAGCCAUCCCCAUUCCCUCGCCGUCGUUCCCCUCCUCGGCCCACACGCAGCUCAUCUGCGCGUUGCACGCGCUCGCCGUGACGCUCGGCUGGGACGCGCACGCUUACGUCUCCAACGGCUUCAUCCACACCUACGCCUCCCGCGGCUUCCUAGACGCCGCGCGCCGCGUCUUCGACAGUGCCGUCCUCGCGCGUACGGACGACGUCUGCUCCUGGACCUCGCUUCUCACGGCCUACGCCAGGGCCGGGCACAUGGACGACGCGUGCGCCCUGUUCGAUGGAAUGCCGCACAAGACGCCCAUCGCCUGGAGCGCCAUGCUCAGCGCCCACGUCGGGGCGGGCGGCUUCGGGGAUGCGCUCGAGGUGUUCGACAUGAUGCUCAGGGCUCGUGUCCGGCCCAACAGGGCGGCUAUCGUUGGCGCACUGGCUGCAUGCGGUGGGCUCGGGGCGCUGGAGCAAGGCCGGUGGGUGCACGCUCUCAUCACCGCUACCGCCGGUAGGAUGGAUGGAGGGGUGGCUACUGCGCUGGUGGACAUGUAUGCCAAGUGCGGGAGCCUAGACUCGGCGAGGCAGGUGUUCGCAGCCAUGCCGGAGCCCGAGCGCGACGUGUUUGCUUACACGGCCAUGAUCUCGGGGCUCUCAGACCACGGCCACUGCCAGGAGGCCGUCGAGCUGUUCGGCCGGAUGCGGGACCUGGGGGUGCGCCCCAACGAGGUCACCUUCAUUUGCAUCCUCAGCGCAUGUGCCCGUGCCGGCGGUGGGCUUGUCAGCGUCGCUAAGGAGAUCUUCGGAAGCAUGUCUGCCGUCCACGGCAUCGAGCCAGGCGUGGAGCACUAUGGGAGCCUGGUGGAUGUUCUCGGCCGUGCCGGGAUGCUCGCGGAGGCCGCGGCUGUGGCACGGGCAAUGCCGAUGCGGCCCGAUUCGUAUGUGCUAGGUGCGCUGCUCAAUGCGUGCCGGGUGCACGGUGGUGAUGGCGUGAAGCUCGGAAAGCAGGUUGUGGAGUGGCUGGCGGAGCUUGGGCUCGACCACAGCGGCGUGCACGUGCAGCUGUCCAACAUGUACGCCUGCUCCAGCAAGUGGGAGGACGUGGUAAGGAUCCGGUCGGUGAUGGAGGAGAAGAAGGUGGCCAAAGUGCCCGGCUGCAGCAUGGUCGAGGUCGAUGGCGUCGCUUGCGAGUUUGUUGCUGGCGACCGCUUCCUUGAUCCGUGCAUCAACACCGUCGUCAGAGGGCUCGAUCAGCAGCUCAGGCUGCUUGGCCAUGACUACCGUCACCUCGAGGAGCUGUCCAACUUGGCGUAGGCUUAAGUGUCCGUUUCCGUCUCAGGUCGUCGCACACCGUGUCUUGGCCUCUUAUAAGUUGGAACACCAUGUUGCAGACUCGUACCACAACUACACAUGGCAAAUAUUGUUCAGCCGAAAGGGGGCACAGAUCCAUUGCUCAGAUGACAUGCUCAUGGAGGUUUCUCCUACCUGCUGGCCAAGACGCCGAGUUGGUCAGCAACUUCCGCAGCUUGACAUGCUCUCAUCGGCUACCUUCGUGGAGCUUCACCGCUGGCAAGCCAACAGGCCAGGCCAGCUGAAGCCUUUCUUCAGUACUACCGCCGAGACCUCUGGAGAGGAAUCCUUACAGAGGUGUAUGGAAUGAUUACCAAAUGUGAUGUAUCUCCACGGGUUCCUUCAGGCAUUUGAGAAGUUGAUAAAGAGUCUAAUGAGCUGGAAGACACAAGGCAGAUUGAUCCCCGUAGCAUCAACUAACAGUUUGUCAGUUGCCGUAAUCAGAAACUUCUCAAGUUCUUCAGCACUUGUUAGAACAGAAAACACAUAUAAAAAAACAGUGAGAAAACACUUUUCAACUUAUCCUUCAGUUGUCAACCUAUCUUUUCCGCAGUUCAUCCUAAUUCAUGUUUCUGACACAUUUUUUUGGUCAGUUUUAGUUUUCCUCAGAUUACUAGCAGCUACCCGGAGAUGUCACAGUGGUGCUUUCAGCACGCUACCCUGUUCAGACGGUGGCAGCCUAAGUUCAGAUGAUGGCCCUCGGUGUUGAGCAGCUCAGUGAAGGACCUCCUCAAGAUGUCUACUUUAGUUUUGGAGUUCUCCAUGUUAGUGUAACCUUGCUGUUCACGGACAACCACUACGACAUCAUCUACCUAUAGAUCUCCCGUGGAGAAAUUGAACAGAUUUUUUGUCUUCUAGAAAUUGAAGAGAUUUUUUGCUAGGUUAUGCGAUGAUCGAAGCAGCUAGGCGUGUACUACAUUGUUUCUUCUGUUGGCACAUACUGCUAGUACCAAUGGAUUGACUACUUGUCAUAUAAGGACAAGAAAACUUUAGUCUGAUUAGUUCCUGUGACUAGUUCAUAUGUACUACUCCUGUGUAUAUCCUCUCAUGUCUAUGUUGUUUC